AUGAACUUCAUGGGCUUCCUCGUAGUUCCGUCAUAUUUGACGAUGUAUAAACUGCCGCGCUGGCAGUUGAGAUCAGGUUUUUGGCUGGCGAUGACUUGCGUCGGUGCAGCCAAAGGCCCGUUGAGCCUCUGCUUUUGCUUGAGCGUCUUCGUCUUUGCGGCACCUGUGAUCUUCGACCUGCGAUUCCCUGCCCGGCCUUGGUUCCUCUCCUGGAUGGAGGAUCAGGGUUUCAAGAAGUUCUUGGCGAGAUGUGAGCUGCGCGGAUGCCUCGACGACGUGAAGCCGGAGAAGACGCUAUUUGCAUUCCAUCCACAUGGGGCGGUGUGCCUUGGCUUCACCGUCAACGGCAUCUUCGACACGAAGUUCGUGGGCAAAUCAGCCAAGAUUGCAUUUUUGAUCGAUGAUUUCCUGCGGAACGGCAACCCCAUCUUUCGCAUGUUCUGCGACACGUAUACGACGGGCUCUUGGCAGAUGUCAACGGCCAACAAGUCCACUGUGCACAAGCUGAUGUCCGAAGGGGCGAACGUAGCGAUAGCACUUGGCGGCUUUGAAGAAGCGACAGUCUGCCAAACUGGAAGAGAUCGGGUAGUGUUGAAAUCCAGGAAGGGCAUCAUCAAGUACUGCUUACAGCAUGGUUAUAGGAUUCAUCCCGUGUAUUCCUUCGGAGAGGACGAGACGUACUGGUUCGCACCAGGGCUGCUGGACUUUCGCCUAUGGUUGAACCAAUUCAAGAUUCCUGCUAUCGCUUUCUUUGGCGAUUGGACGGCUCCCUUCUUGCCGAGACGCCAGGCCAGGAUGCUGACGGUGAUCGGCGACGCGAUAGAGUGCCCGCACAUCCCGGUGCCAUCCCAGGAAGAAGUGGAUCUGUGGCACAUGAGAUACACGAAGGGGCUGGCCGCAACAUUUGAGCAGUGGAAGGCCGAAGCCGGCAGACCACACGCCGAGUUGGAAAUCUUCUGA